AGCUACGGAGGCAUCUCAGGUACAAGAGGUCAGUUCAGGUUUGAGACUAUUUAAUGACUUUUCAAUGGAGAAAUGGGAGUCUGCAAUUUGUUCCUGUUAUAUAUUUAAAUACCUUAUAACAUUUUACAUUAUUUAAAUAUAUAAUUUGGUUAAGUUUAGUAUCAGAAAUUAGUUUCAAUAAAUAACUAUUAAAGAUAUAUAAAGUAAAGUUGACCAUACAAUUUUGUAUAUUUAUAAUUUUAGGCCUUCACUACAACCAUUGGACUGCUUAUCAACAGUGCUACAAUCUUGGUCCUAGGAUUAGCAUUUACCUUUUAUUUCAGCUGGAAAUUGGCUUUCAUUUUUGUAUGUGCUGCACCUAUUGUAAUUGUAAGGUAAUUUAUUUUUAUUUUGAUUAAGUUUAAAAAAAUAAUUAAUUGUUAGUUUGGUAUAAUACGAUCACGCUCACUAAACCAAUCGUUAGUUUUUUAUAACACUAUCAUGUUCAUUAUUGAAAUAAAUUGUUGGUUUGGUAUAAUACAAUCACGUUCAUUAACAAAAUAAAUUUUUAUUUUGGUACAACAAGAUCAGGUUCAUUUACAAAAUAAAUUGUUAAUUUGGUAUAAUGAUCAUAAUCAUUAACAAAAUUAAUUUUGAUAUAAAGCUCAAGUUUAGCAUAAACAAUUAUGGAACUAGCACUUUUCCUUUGUGUUUGUCAAUAAAACAUCAUAAGUGAAAGAAAACUUGAAAGCUUAAAAUUUGGUCCUCAUUUUAUAAAAUCGUAUAUUGUAAUGAUAUUCUAUGUAUUUAUUAUUUUUUACUUUUAGUGCUAGGGUACAACAAUAUCUCACCCUCAAGAUUAAAGGGACGUCAAGGAAAUCUAUUGAGAUUGCAACAGCAGUAAGAUGAUAAUCUUCUUGUAUAAAGCUUUAUUAUUUCUUAAAGAAAUUAAAAUUUUAUGAAUGAUAAAUUAUGCACUUUCAACAAAUUGGUGAGUUGGGAAAUAGACAUUUAUUUAAAAUUAGAAAGAUCUAAUUAAGAUCUUUAUUAACUUAAAAAGCUCUUCAUGAAAGAGGAUUUCUAGUUGUAUUUAAGAAAAUAAAUUUAUCUAGAUUUUCAUACAUUAGAGCCAAAGGAGAUGUGCUGUAGUAAUACAGCUCUUUGGUAAUUUAUUUGUUCUAUAAAAGAUUCAUCAUCUCUGUUCAAAAUAUAUUUUUAUUAUUUUGUAAACUUCAUCAGGGUGCUCUAGAGAGUAUCAGCAAUAUCCGGUCUGUUGCCUCUUUGACAAUAGAAGAUAAGUUUUAUGAACAAUAUGCAAGUAGCCUCAAGAAAGCUUCUCACAGUAUGAAUGGCUAC